UUCUGGUUAUGGUUUUAGCAAUAAAUUUAACAAUAUUAUUAAAUGUUGUAAAUAUUAUUUUAUUUAUUAUAAUAUUUGUUGGUGCUAAUGAAGAACCUGUUAAUGUUGGAAAAGGUUACUCAAACGGACGCUUCAAGGUUUACCAUAUAAAACCUAAAAGUGUUGAUCAACUAGAAGGUCUAAAUCAACUGGAACAACUUGGAGUGAUUGACUUCUGGCGACCACCCCCUAAUGUAAACUCAACUGCUGAUGUAAUGGUAGAUACGGAGAAUGGAGGGAUUGAGUUUCUCAAUUUUCUUGCUCGCCAUAAAAUGGAAGCAAAAAUACUAGUCGACGACCUUUCCAAGCUUAUCGAAGAAAAAGAAAUCAUUCCAACAGAGAGACAAAAAUUAUCAAAAUUAAAUAAUCAGAACACUGUAGACGAAAAACAACAACAAUUUAUUCGUCGAGAUAACAUUGAGAAUCGUUUAGAUAAUUUUGGAUUGAGAAUGGGAGAUUAUCCAGGAUACAACGAAAUUGUUGUUUUUAUGCAGAGAGUGCACGACUCUCUUACUGAAAGGACUAUACUUAGAUCUAUUGGGUCUACAGUUGAGGGGAGGUCCAUUCAGGGAAUUCAGUUUGGCCUUCCCAGUGACAGAUCCCGACCAGUUGUUUGGAUAGAUGCAGGUAUCCAUGCUAGGGAAUGGACUUCAAUACACACGGCUUUGUAUUUUAUUUACUAUAUCGCCAAUCAAAUAAAACAAGGGACGGAUACUCGACUACUUAAAUGUUUGGAAAAAGUUGAUAUUUUAAUUUUUCCUUGCUUAAAUCCUGAUGGUUAUGAAUUUACUAGAUCGGAUCCGAGAAAUCCUGCUAUCCGAAUGUGGAGGAAAAACCGUUCCAAAGAGCGCUGUGUUACUGACAGUCACAAUACUGAACGUUGCUGCAUGGGUGUUGAUUUAAAUAGAAAUUUUGCUUUUAAAUUUGCUGAGGGCGGCACAAGCUUCUUCCCCUGCUCAGAAAUCUAUCACGGACCAAAUGCUUUUUCCGAACCGGAGAGUCGCGCCGUUCGAGAUGCUAUAAUGGAGGGGGAUUUGAAGGGAAGAAUUCCUGGGCUGAUUUCAAUGCAUGCCUACUCUCAACUUUGGAUUUAUCCGUACUCACACAGGAGGCACUCAUAUCCCCCUGAUGUUGAGGAUUUGAAAGCAGUUGCUCGUCGUGCAGUUACCGCCAUAGGAGACAAAUUUGGAACAAAUUAUCAAUAUGGAACAGGACCCGAGACUAUAUAUUGGGCAAAGGAAACAGCAAAAAUAAAAUAUUCUUACACUGUGGAAUUAAGGCCUUCCUUUUGGUCGUGGAACGGCUUUGUAUUGGACCGUUCUCAACUAAUUCCAACAGCUAGGGAGACGUUUGACGGUGUUUUGGUUGUUUUAGAAACAAUUUCGAGUAGUGGCAAAGCAAUUAUAAACAAUUCCUUUGGCUCAAAACGUUCAAUUUCACCAUUAUUUCCACCAUCCCAAAAUUUCAACAAAAAAGAAAAGGCAACAAAAUUGUCAAGUUGUUUCGACGCUGUAGAACACUGUCCAAUAUGGAUAAAGGCAAAUCCGCAAAUCUGCAGCGAUUCAAAAACUUCAAUGUUGAGGGAAUGUAGAAAGUCUUGUAAAUUUUGUUGAUUUUUAAACUGAAUUUUGAAGAAGAAAAUUUGAAGAAACGG